UUACAACAAAGCCACCUUCCAAUAUGUCCGUUGAUGUUACUGCCUUGUCCAAGCAAUUCUGCGAAUUCUACUACCAACAAUUCGACUCUGACAGAAGUCAGUUGGGUAACUUAUACGUAUGUACUCCCCCCCCCGCCUUGUUGACCAUACUAACCCUCACAGAGAGACCACUCUAUGUUGACCUUCGAAAGCAGUGAGUUGCAAGGUGCCAAGAACAUUGUCGAGAAGUUGACCUCUUUGCCAUUCACCAAGGUUGCGCACAGAAUUGACACCUUGGAUGCCCAGCCAGCGUCUCCAAAUGGUGAUGUCUUGGUCAUGGUCACUGGUGCCUUGUUGGUUGACGAAGAACAGAACCAGAUGAGAUACUCCCAGGUCUUCCAUUUGAUUCCAGAUGGCUCUUCCUACUACGUGUUCAAUGAUAUCUUCAGAUUGAACUACGGUGUCUAAGUAGAAUAAGCUAUUAAUUUAGUUAUAAUUUGAUUUGUGCUGUAUGCUAA